CUCGAUUGUGUAGGUCGGUUUUGCGUAUUCGCAUGCACACACGCAGGCCUCACUCAUUGUUGUCAAUUACCCCUCCUCCCACACGUCUUCCCACCCACCCACCCAAUCACUCACUCUCCCCCCUCCCCUGUACACCUACGUGUGAGUCGGAGAACAGCAAAUACACAAGGCAGGCAGGCAGGCAGGCGGACGAGCAUACAGGAGGAGAAAAUUGAGCCUGGCUGACGGCGCCUCCAGUUUGUUUGGCGUAAGCAGCUGGCUCUCUCUUGCUUUUUGCUUCUUGCGUGUGUGUUUGUGUGUGUCUUGGUGUGUCUUGGUGUGUGUCUUUCCUUUCUUACUAAGACCGAAAAACCACAUAAAUCCAACUGACUGACAUACGGACAAGAAUGCAAUGCAAUCAAUGGAGUCAUGAACAUACAAACGUAUAUGGUAUGGAUGGAUGGAUGGGCGAGCUGUGUGCAUACACACACACACACGGGAACACUGGCACACUGGCACACAGGCAGCAAGGUUGGUUAGGUUAGGUUAGAUAACGAUACGUAAUCACCCCUCCCCCCUCCCUGUCCCUCUCCCCUGUACACAGACAAACAGGCAGACGACAGGUGGAGAGACGAAGAGAGAGACAGAUACACACAAAACGGUACACAAUUCUUUCCCCCCACUCCCUCCCACCCCUUAUUCCUUAUCCACCACACAUCGACUGACUCAUCGACUCCCUCGCUCAUUCAUUCAGCCUCCGCCUUUCCUCCCCUUCCACCCCGACCACCUGCCCGUCCACAGAGCGCUGUUCGGCCGCCUCUCCCGCGGCACCACACUCGCCUUCUUGACGGCAGACGCUAUCACGUUGAUGGCGAUCGACGGCGAACUCAGCAGCUCCAAACGCGGGUCGCUGUCACGACAGUGGACGCCUUCUUCCCUGCUGCUGCUGUGGUGCGUGUGUGACGUGGUGGCCGUGGUGGUGCCGUCCUCGGUGUGUGGGGGCGAGCAAGGCGGCCGCGGGAGGUGGGUGUGGGUGUGGGCGAGGGAGGGGGGUUGGCCGACGAAGCUCAGCAUGCUGUCAGUGUUGGCGGCGAUGGCAACAUCGCCUCUGCACGGAGAGGUCUGCUCGUGUAGGAAGGGCAGCACAUGGCGGGGCGUCUUGCCGCCUCCCCCCAUCGUGAACGGCCGGCUGCCAUGUGGUGUCCGGCUGUUCGGUGUGCGGCCGGCCGUGUUGGUGGCGUCGGACGCGUGUGAUUGUGACGCAGUCGAGGUUCUGGGCGUGGUGCCGAGCGGGGUGUGGCCGUCUUCGACGUAGCCCGCCACGGCGUCGCACGCGUGGCGCACCGGGCUCUCCAUGCACAUGGGCCGGUCCUCUGCGUCUCCCUCAGGGUGCGCGAGAGGCGGCAGCUGCAGCUGGUCCAUUGUCGCUCCACCGCCACCAAGCCCGCCACCACCAGUGCCAUUGCUGGUGCUGCCACAGGGGCUGAGUCCUUCGAAGGUCACCGGGCUGAAGUUGAAGUCGGCUUCGCUGUCGUUGCUGUCGCACUGCAUCAUCUCCAUGGCGUCGGGAUCCUCGACGAUGCGCGAGAGGGUGUCCAUGACGCUGUGCACGGCAGGGGUGGCAAGGCCGGUCGUGUCGCGCAUGGCCGCCGAGUUUGGCGUCACUGCGGGGCGGUAACUGUUGCUGGCAGGGGGGAUGGCCCCGUGCUGCUGCAGCACGUCGAGGAAGCUGCUCAGCUGCAUCUCGUGUAUCUUGGCGGACGUGUGUGGCGACUGCAGCCGGGCGGAGUGGGGGGUGUUGGCCUCCAUUAUCAAGGCCGUGGCGGGGCUGAAGACUGGCCGACAGGGGUGGAAGUGGUCAUCGAGCGGUAUCCGGCGGCUCAUCAGCAGCUCUUCCCUCAACAUGCGGUCACACGCCUCCUGAACACACACACACGCGCAAGAGGUGAAAUGAACAGUGAAUGGCCGCCUAUCUCUGCGUCAACGUUGUGUAACGGUCGGUUCGCGAGAGCGGUGCCACCUGACUCACCUGCAGCAGGCAGUCGCUGGGCAGCUCACAGGUGAGGUUGGGAGGGAGCGCCUGUGGCUGUGGAUCAGGCAGCUGCGGCCGGGGGUGGUGCUGAGGGGGAACCGUGCCAGGCGGUGGUGCUUGUGACGACAUCGACGACCCCUGCAACAUCGGCACGCGCAACGACACCUCCCCGGCACCUGAGAUGGCAAGCAGAGAGGCGAGAUGGGCCUCCCCCUCAUAUGCAGCAACCAUCAUGAUGGCAGUUAACUGACUGCACCUGUCGGCUCACCUUGAGUGUUUUCUCGCUCCUCCUGUUUUUUCAGCAGAACAGAUGGCUGUCCCCACACUCUGUCCAUCCUCGCAUGCCGCGAAAGGGGGAAUUCAGCGUGGGUGCGCGCUCAGCU